AUGCAAUCCGCCGGAGGAGGCAACAUGAAUGCCGCGCAGCUUGCCCGCUUGCAGCAACAGCUUGCUCAAUAUGGUAGGGGACAACCUGGGCAGCAACAGCAAAUGAUGAACGCCAAUGCAAUGGGCGGAAUGGGAAAUCAACAGCAACAAUUGCAACAAGCUUACAUGCAGCAACAGCAGUUGCAACAGGGCGGCCAGCAAGCAAUGAAUGCCAGACGUAACUCGCUGCUUGGAGGCAAUGCUAUGGCUAUGUUGCAGCAACAACAACAAGGAAAUAACCAAAUGGCAAACGCAAACCUCAAUUACUUGAAUGCUUUCAAUCAAGGAGGUCCCAGCGGUGCGAUGGAUGCCUCCAGUGCCAGCGGCGCACAAUUGGCUGCUCUAGCGGGCAUUAACAUGGGCGGCAAUAACAACAUGCAAAACCAAGCUGCCAAUAACAUGCUCUUGGGUAAUCGUCAAACGAGCCAGACUCAAAUGCCAGCUCAACAGAUGCAACAAGCUGUGGGUCAAUUGGGGGGUCAAUCCAACAAUGCUGCCCUCUUGCAACAGCAGAUUGCCCAACUUCAGAGACAACUCGAACAGCAGCAGCAAACUCAGAAUCAAAAUCAAGGUAUGGGUAUGUCUGGCGCCAUGGGGGGAAUGCCUGGCCAACGUCGAGCGUCCUCCUCUUCUGGUCAGAACUUUGGGGGUAUGCCAUCGCAACAACAGCAGCUACUUCAGCAAAUGCAACAGAUGGGCGGCGGCAAUUCUGAUCAGUUCUCUUCUAUGGCUGCCAUGAUGCAAGGUCAGAACCCUUCUCAAUUGCAGCAACCACAGCAGACGCGGAAUCAGAUGGGUGGCAGCCUUGGAGGUCUAAACAACCAACAAGAUUUGCUUCUUCAGCAACAGCGGCUGAUGGGGGGAAACGCAGGCAUGAACCAGAACAGCAUGCAAAACGAUAUGUUCUCCAACAACCAAAGUCAAAGUGGCUCCAAUUCCAAUGAUCUGAUGGGGGGAAGAGGACGAUCGUCUCAAAUGAUGCAAAUGGAACAGAUGAAUCAAAGCAUGAAUUCGCAAUCUCAGAACAACAACACCAGUUCCGCCAACAACAAUAACAACGCUUUGGGCAAUUCAUUCAAUAACUUUGACAUGGACGGCUCUACCAACUCUCGGGCUUCCCGCCAACAAGUCAACAACCCGGGAAUCACUCCGCUGGAUUUGGGGGCGGGCCAAGUAGUAGGCGACACUACCAACAAGGACGAUGCAGCCAAUCAAAAAUCGUUCUUGGAUGGAAGCUUUGCAGGGGGUUGGCAGUCGAAUGCCGAUUUGCCGGAUCGAAGAAGAAUAAUAUUCAGCAUUUUGGAAGUCAUUCGACAGAUGCGUCCAGAUACCAACAAGAUUUCGCAAAAGUUGCCACACAUGGCCAAGAGUCUCGAAGAACAUCUGUACCGUUCGGCGCAGACGAAAGAAGAGUACUUGGAUCCAUCUACUCUGAAGAAACGGUUGCAGUUGAUUGCACACGGUCUCGAGCUUCACCGAUCGACUACUUCUACCGAUCCAAGUGGCAAUGACCAAAGUGGCAACAACAGUGUUGGGAACAUUCCAUCGGAAUCCCAACAACUUCAACAAUAUCUUCAAAUGCAAGGUGGAAACGUUAACCUAAAUCAAGGUAACGCGAUCUCAAGAAACUCAAUAACGUCUCUGGGUGGCAUGGCCGGCAGCGGUAACAACCGUGGAGCCAUGGAUGACAUGUCCAUGCAAGGCAGUCUUGGCGGCAAUAACUUUGGUAAUUCAGGAACAUCCGGUCUGGAGGAUCUCAACGAUCCAGUUGCGCAGCAGAAGAAGAAGGUAAUUCGACAACAGCAACAACGCCUAUUGCUUCUGCGGCAUGCUUCCAAAUGUAAAGAGGGUCAAAACUGCAAAACCAAAUUCUGUCCGCAAAUGAUGGCUCUUUGGAAACAUAUGAAGAAGUGCCGGGACAAGAAUUGCAAAACUCCUCACUGUCUCAGCAGUCGAUGUGUUCUAAACCACUAUCGUAUCUGUAAGAGCCAAGGUCGAACUGCGACCUGUGAAGUCUGUGGGCCUGUUAUGGAGCAAAUCAAGCUGAGUGAGCAACUCGACAGUAGCGAUCCCCUGGCUGCAGUUCCACAGUCGGACAUGCCGCAGCUUCAACAGCAGAUCUCUAACUUUGGUAAUCCUCAACAGCAGCAGCAACAGCAACAAAACCAGCUGAACACCAAUGCACAGGCUAGACAACAACAGGCCAUGCAGCAAUUGUAUCAAAAGCAGCAACAAGCGAUUCAGCAAAACCAGAACCAGCAGAUGCCGAAUAUGAUGGGCAUGCAAAAUAACAUGCAGGGUAACCUUCAGAACGAUAUGUCAAACAAUAUGCAAAAUAACAUGCAAGGCGGCAACAACCUAGAUGUUCUCAACUCUCUUGGUGGUGGUGUCGGUCUUGGGUCGAACGACCUUCAAGGUUCGCAGAAUUCCAACCAGCUCCAACAGCAGCAGCAAAACCAAGGAAAUCAACAGCAGAAUCACCAGAACUUGCAGGCAAAGCUUCAGCAGCAACAGCACGUCUUGCGUCAGCUCCAAAAGCAGCAAUCCAAUUUGCUGGAGCAACAACAGCAAUUGCAAGAGCAACAACAGCUUCUCAAGGACCCAGGAACCCAACAAGGUCAGCAACUCCAGCAGCAAAGUCUCUUGCUUCAGCAGCUACAACGUCGCUGCCAACAAGAGCAGGCAAUCAUUCAACAGGAGUUACUGGUUACGAUGAAGGGAAUGCAAGGUGGACAACUAGGCAACCAAGCCCUCGGAAAUACCAGCCAGAAUUCGCAAAUGCUCAACAACAACAGCCAGAACUCUCACCACUCUCAACAGAACCAAAUGGGAAUGCACGGCGGCAACUCGCAGAACAAUCAAAUGAAUGUUCAAGCGCAAAUGCAAGCACUCAGCCAAAGUCAUUUGGACGCUGUCAACACCAACAACAAGAGCAACGAUGACAUGAAUCAAAUGGACAGCCUACAGAACCAGUUGAACUCUGAUCCACUGAAGAAUGACUUGUUGAACCAGCCUCUUCCUGAUGAUUCUCCAGGUGGAGACGACAAGGACGAUGAUUUGGACCAAGAUCUUGACAAUGACAAAUCCAAUGAUGUCAACGGCUCCAGCUCCUCGGAUCCUUUCGAUUCCAUGGGACCUCUUGUCACAGACACUUCUGAAAACAAGGACGAUACGUCUGGUGCACCGAAAGUUCGGUCAGCUCCAAUUCUUUCAAGGGGGAAAGGUGCCCGCGGCAGGGGUGGAAAGGGAAAGCGUCUGCGCGACAUUGCCGACGACUUGCUCCCUGCCGAAAGCGCAGCAGUGGUCAGGGCUGGUGGUUCCAUCGCCAUACCGAGUGAUUCAUCGAGGAAACGAUCUGCUGAUGAUAGUGGAGAGGAUGGUCCCUCUUCUAAAUCCCAAAGGACUGAUGACGACAAGGAUGAUUUAAAUCCUUCUCUGACGUCUUCUAUGCCCAAGGGAGACGUGGAACAGAAUCUCAUGAUGCUCCACAAAGGUCUACAUUUGACAUCAAGAACAAUCACGCACAAGUGCUUGCCAAUCGUGCAACAGCUGAUUGACGAUCCAUACGGUUGGGUCUUCAGAGAUGCCGUGGAUCCAGUUGUGUUUGGUCUUCCAGACUAUUUUGAAGUCGUAAAAAAUCCCAUGCACUUGCUUCUUGUUAAGAAAAAGUUGGAGAAUGCCGUCUACACCGAUAUGGCUUCGUUCGAACGCGAUGUUAAGUUGGUUUUUGAAAAUGCGAUACUUUACAACGGCGAGGAUAGCGAAGUUGGCCAACUUGCACACACAAUGAUGGGAGUCUUUGAAAAAGAAUAUCAAAAAGUGUGCGAAGGUGUAAAGACUGAUCUUCAGCCAUCAAAGCCACCCAGGCCAGCACCAGUAGACAACGUUCCAUGCAAGAUUUGUCGAUUGCAACGUCGUCAGCUGGAACCCCCCGCGUUGUACUGUGCAUCGCUGUCUUGUGAAGCACCAAGGAUCAAGCGAAAUGCGACUUACUAUACCUAUGGAUCGAACCAAAACUGCUGGUGUGAGAAGUGCUAUGAUCAAUUGAACCCGAAGAAACUCAUCACGCUCGAUGAUGGCAACGAUAUCAGGAAGUCUCGACUCCUGAAGUCGAAGAACGAUUCUCUUCCUGAAGAAUGUUGGAUCGAGUGCGACGACUGCCAUUGUCGAGUCCAUCAAAUCUGCGCACUCUACAACGGACGAAUUGCCAAGCCCAACUCUGUCUUCCGCUGUUCGGAAUGUGAAAAGAAGCGAAAUAUCAAUGUUCCAAAGAAUAUGGGUAGUCGUGCUGCCGACCUUCCCAAAUGUAGCAUGAGCGUAUUCAUUGAGCAAGGUUUGCGACGUACGUUGACAGCUGCCUACGAGAAGGCAGCAGGGAAGAACAACUGCUCGCUUGAACAAAUUGAUAAGGUUGAAGGACUCACCGUCCGUGUCAUGUCCCAUAUCGAUAAGAAACAUCUCAUUCGAGAAGAGAUGUUCAAGCGAUAUGAACGAAUUGGUUGCCCAUCUGACUACCCUGUUCAUACGAAAUGCGUAGGGCUGUUUCAGUCAUUUGAUGGGAUUGAUGUUCUUUUGUUCGCGAUGUAUGUCUAUGAAUAUGGGGACGACUGUCCUGCGCCAAACCGAAGAAGAGUGUACGUCUCCUACCUCGAUUCUGUGCAGUAUUUCCAACCGAGUCAAUAUCGCAGCAUCGUGUAUCAAUCAGUGAUUGUAGAAUACCUUCGUUUCGUGAAGAAGAGGGGUUUCCACACAGCCCACAUAUGGAGUUGUCCUCCUGCCGGGGGGGAUGAGUACGUUUUCUUUUGUCAUCCUUCGCACCAAAAGAUUCCACAAGAAGAAAAGCUGAGGAAUUGGUACUAUCAAACACUCGAUACUGCCAAAGCUGAAGGAAUUGUCGUCGAGACCACAGAUUACUACGACGAAUACUUCAACAACAACGGCAAAGAUGCACCAAUCGGUUAUGCCCCGAAUCCAUUAUCUCUGCCAUAUUUUGAAGGUGACUACGUUCCUGGUGAGAUUGAAAAAAUUCUGACUCAAAUGACAAAAGAAGAAAGGAAACCAGUUAUGCCUCCGCCUAAGGCAGCGCAAAAAAGAUCUGGAUCAAAGCGCGGAACUCGUUCAAAUCCAGGGUCUCUUGUGAACCAGUAUCCAGACAAGGUGAUGCUUCGGCUUGGUCAGACCAUUUACAACAUGAAAGAAAACUUCAUUAUCGCGAGACUGCGGAACAAACGCUUUGUUGCUGCAUCUGACCGUGGUGAAGAUCUAUCCAACUGGCCUGACGAUGAUGCGUUCAAGCCUCCAGGCAAAGAUUCGCAUUUCAAUGGGAUGCUGAUGGGAGAUAUGUCAGACGACGAAAGUGACGACGAGCGCCAAGCUCUCCUCGCUCAAAAACUUGCCGAGGCUGUGCGGUCAUCUGGCAAGAUUGGUUCGACUGUCGAAGCUGACGACCAAUUUGAAAGCGAACUGUUUGAAAACCGGCAACUCUUUCUGAACUACUGUCAAACGAAUCACUUUCAGUUUGACCAGCUCAGGAGAGCAAAGCACACAAGUAUGAUGGUUCUGUACCAGCUCCACAACCCCUUGGCCCCGAAAUUUGUUCCACGAUGCGGGGUAUGCUAUCGUGACAUUGCAAAUGGUGCCCGAUAUCACUGCAACAAUUGCGCAAGCUACGAUCUUUGCCAAGAGUGUUAUGGCCCCGUCACGAAUGGAUCCUGGGCGAAUCGUGGAUCUCGAUUCUCCCACGACAGUAACCAUACAUUCUCCAAGGUUUUGACUGAGAAUACUGGGAUUUCACAAGAACAGCAAGCCGAGAGAACCAAGGCCAUGAAGCCUUUCUUGUUGAUUCUUGUCCAUGCGGCAGGCUGCCCCGGUUCUCCCCAAUGCAAUUUAUUGAAUUGUCGCAAGAUGAAGCAGCUCUUUGCGCAUGUGAAGACUUGCGAUCAGACCCACAAGAAGGGUUGCAAAAUCUGUAUCCGAAUGCUGGCCCUCAUUCUGGUUCACGCCCGAUCUUGUACGAUCCGAGGAAGCUGUCCUCUUCCCUUUUGCGAUCGUAUCCGUGAACGCAACGAGCGUUUGCGCCGUCAACAGCAACUUAUGGAUGAUCGACGUCGUAAUGCCCAAAACGAAUUCUAUCAACAAGAGGAUUGA